GAGACAGAAUUUCGGGAAGUUCAGAAAUGGCUAAAUGUCGUUGAUCCUGCGGCCAAUUUCUCGUCUGCGCUUGCUGUUCGUGAACCCGGGACUGGGAAUUGGCUGCUGGAGGGACGUGAUUAUAUGGACUGGAAGGAAGGCAAUGGGGGGGUUCUCUGGCUUUAUGGAAUACGUAAGUCUGUGGAUGAGUGAAAUAUUGUGCUCCAAAGAAUUUCAUUAACAUUUCUUUCUUGUAGCUGGAUGCGGCAAGAGUGUCCUGAGGUGAGAACCUAACCAAAUUUCUGGAGGUACGAUAUAACUUCUUUUACUGACUAGCUCUUUAGCGCUACCGCCAUUGAAGAUGUCACACCUCUAUGCAGCCUGAGGGAUGAUCACGCAUUAGGGUAUUUCUACUUUACCUUCAGUGACUCGCAGAAGCAAAAUUUGUCCAAUAUGCUCCUAUCUCUCAUUGGCCAACUGCUCCGAGGGCGUUCCGACACUGCCUUGCCCGAUGAGAUCAUGAAUCUGUAUCGCAAAUCCAAAGCAAUUGGAACGUUGCCAGAUAUAAAAGAUCUGCAAACUGUAUUUUCGCACAUCACGAAGCUCUCCAAAAAGACCUUUAUCAUUUUAGAUGCCUUAGACGAAUUCCCUAAGGAGACACGGGGGAGUGUCCUAUCUUGGCUUAGCGAGCUUACGGCGGAUCACAACGCCGAAUCGCUGUCCAUUCUCGUCACCAGCCGCUCCGAAGCCGAUAUAGUGAAGUCCCUGGAACCACUUACCACUUAUGCGAUAUCCCUACAAUCCAAAGUUAUCGAUGCAGAUAUCCGCGCAUAUAUACAGAACUCCUUAGACGGCAAGGAUGGAUUCAAGAAAUUUACCAAGGAAAUUAGAUGUGAGAUAGAGGACACACUCGUUUCUCGUGCGCAAGGAAUGUAUGUUAUACUCAAUUUUCCAAUCUUCAACUCAGACUGAUACAAGGUUGGAUAUGUGAAGGUUCCGAUGGGUAGAUUGCCUUUUACGGAUUCUUCAGGAAUGCAUAACGCCAAAAGCUGUUAGAGCUGCCUUGAAGGAACUGCCGAAAGACUUAGAUUCUGUCUACUUAAGGAUCCUUGAUAGUAUUCAUGAGACGCAGAGGGAAUACAUCCAGCGUGCGAUGCAUUGGCUCUCAUGUUCGGCUGAACCGUUGACCUUAGAUCAACUUGCGGAGGCAGUUGUGAUCGAAUACGAUGUCAACAAGUAUGGCGAGGAUCCAGAAACUCUCUUUGAGGCGGAGUCCCUCAUGAGCAUUUGCCCGAGCCUUAUUUCCUUCGAAGAUGCGAGGGACGACGAAUCACCAACCCAGGAAAGCCGGCGAUUACGACUAGCUCAUUUUUCGGUAAAGGAAUAUUUGAUCUCCGACCGGGCAGCUCAGGGCCCCA